GACGCCACAUCACACAAAACACAGACGCAGAGUUUCUUCAUCCCAACACAAAAAUAGAAAAAAUAAACAUCUUUACUCUUCUUCUCCCACAUCGAUAGGUUCCUAGAUUAUCGGAUAAUCAAAUGGAUCAAAUUGCGGCAUCAGAUGAUGUCUCGAAUGGUGCAGGGAAAGUAAAAGAACCGAGGGUAAUAUCUCCGGGAGGAUCCAAGACCGAAGACAGGCAAAGUCACGGUGUAAUUACUAAUCAGAAUGACAUGAGUCAAGAUGGUAGAGAUCAGCCACGUGGUGAUGUGAACAUGGAAGCUUCUAUAUCAGCAGAAGAUGUGAUAAGAGCUGGAGGUUUUGGUGCUAAAGACGACAUUGGAAGCUUCCUUCCUGUGGCGAGUGACUCGACUGACUUUGAGGAAUCAAUACGCUCUGCACGCGACUAUGAAGACGCGCAGCCGGAGGUUCAAAGACCGGGUCUUGGCUGGCCUAAAGAGUGACUCUUUGCCUUUGGUUGGUCGAAUGCUUUUACAGUUCUUGUUAGGUUUUGUGGGAUCAAUUGUUGUGUGUGAAUUGUGAUGAUGGAUUAGGUUGGAACUUGAAAGGUUUCAAGGUAGAUGACUCUUGGUUUUCAGUUGCUACAUUUUUCUUUUGAGUUAAAAAAAAAAAGAAACAUUCCAUAUAUUUUAAGAUCAUCGGUCGCUUGAGAAGUU